AUGUACAUGGGAAGGCGUGGCGCUAUUGACAAGGAUCAAGGACCGCGCCGUCGAGGGGAAGCACAGCCUACGGACAUUGAGGAGCCUCCAAAGCCGAAUGAAAUAAAGAAGUUCCUCAAAUUGAACGGACUCCUACUGGCCCCUGACGCCGCAACCUACCUUGCUUCCACUUUUGACACCAUCUCCACUGAUGUCGUGAAGCGUUUCGUUGACUGCGUGCUUUCUACUCCCUCACUGGAGGGCAAUCGCGUCACUAAAGUCAUCUGCGAACAGAUCCUCACCAACUGGAAGUCCGAGUCCGACGCUUCCGGAGAAGUUCUCUUUCUCAUCAACGCUCUUGAUGUGCCGCGUUUCAAGUAUUGCCAAAACACAAAGAAGUUUGUUCCACUUCGCGCUGCACCAGGGGAGGAUGUAAAUAGCCUCCUUCCCUCCUCCCCUCUGUGCAAGUCCUUCCUCUUUGCUCAUCGAUAUGAGGUGGUAUACCAACGGGUGACUCGAAACCCCCUCUUCUCCGAUGAGAAGGGCUUUAAGUUGCGUCCAGUGGAGUUCCUUCUCUCUUCUGGCGGCAAAACGACUUCAGGAGAGGAUGUGGAGGAGGAGGAGAAAGAUGAACGAAAUGGGGAGGCGACAGCGAUUGUGAUUGUCCUUGGGGUUCUGGUGCAGCUGAAAAACGCCCAGUGGUAUCUGGAGGAUCCAACAAAUCUGGUCAGAUUAGACCUCUCCAACACUCGAUUUCAUCAGGGUAUCUUCUCAGAGGGCGCGAUAGUUCUCGCCGAGGGUUACUACGACGAUAAUGGUGAAGUGUUUCGUGCCACCGGUAUCGGUCUUCCACCCGUAGAACGCGCUGCUGAGACGCGAAAGUACUUUAGCGCGACGAAUCCGUUCGGUGGGGAGAGUUUGGACGCUCCUGCCGCUCCAGUCGAUCAACAAAUGUCUCGACUCCUGGACGCAUCACCGGACUCCAUGCUGGUCCUCUUGGGUGAGAGCCGUCUAGACGUGACGGGGUGUCUGGAACACCUCGAGACAAUCUUCACGGGCUACGCGGACUUUCCACCUUGCGCGUUUCUCCUUUGCGGCGACUUCAUCUCUGCCGACUACAGUCCCCACAUCAACGAAAAACGCACUUUAUUGAAACACCUCUUUAAGCGUCUCACAGGUAUUUUUCUUCGGGUCUAUGGCGAUGCGGAGACACGUGGGCACCGUCAACCGCGUCUGGUGUUGGUUCCAGGGCCGCACGACCCAUGUGUGGGACCUCAGGGGAUUUAUCCCCGCCCUCCACUCCCAUCGGACCUCUUUGGAAUGGAGGAACGAGGCGCAUCUUCUGCCAAUUGGCUCUGGUUAGCUACCAAUCCAUGCAGGUUGAGGGUGUUCACAAGAGAGGUGGUGGUGUUUCGAUAUGACUAUGGGAGACACCUGGUGAGGUAUUGUAUCCACUUGCCGACUGCGUCGUCAACUUCUCCUGCUGUGGAGGCUGCAUCCUGCGACCUCGAUGCUGAGACACAACAACCGCUGGGUCGGGAACACGGUACAACAACAACAACGGAAGAGAACGCUUCAGCUGCGGUGUUGGGUCGAGGCCUAGCUCGCUGCCUCGCCAGUCAAGGACACCUCACUCCUCUCCCUCUCCACGUCUCUCCAGUCUACUGGGCCUACGAUCAGAGUCUCUGCCUUAACCCUCUGCCAGAUCUUGUCGUUGCUGUGGAACCGGAUGCCAUCGCAGAUUUGAACGUCGCCUCGUCUUCCAUCGUGUCGGGUGGCGAGGAUCCCCUCGGUGGUUGUCGAUUUGUCAAUCCGGGGCGCUUUGGGAGUGAGGAAUACAGCUUCAAGGUUUACUACCCGAGCAAUAGACUUGUGGAAGAUAGUAGGGUGCCCACGUAG